CAAAACCCCAUAGCGAAUGCCUCGGCUCCUACAUCAUACGGCAACUGAAGCUCGGUAAAUGAUAUAGCUAUAGAAUCUACCCCAAGUGACUGUUCUUCAUAUGCCGUCGACAAUUUUAACCUAUACUAACUACGUAGCUUCCAACAUCGCGGGGAGAUCCAACUCAUUCUUCCAGAAUCAAUCUACUAUCACAUACACAUACACACAACCAUGUCUUCCCAAACGAAAAUGCAAUCGAGCAAGCCUCGAGUUCGCAAAUCAAGAAGCACAACAACCAAGCAGCUAAAGCCCAAGAGCACAGCACUAUCAUCAUGUCUUUUCUGUCUCCGAAACCGCAGAAAAUGCGUACGAGUAAACGGACAAGCACAGUGCUCUGAAUGCACAGCCUUAUGCCAGGCUUGCCACUGGCCAAAUGUCCAACAGAACCUUCAUCAACUAUUACACGAGAAGCAGCAACUAUAUCUUCAGCGGCGGUCACUAUCAAAAAGCUUACUAGAAGGCGUCAGGGACAUGGAGUUCUGCUCGUCCACGAUAGAAACACAACGGACUUUGAAGCGAUUGUUAGACGAUAUGGUUAAUGUGGAACAAAGGGCAUUUCAGCUCGAGUCGGAGGAGUCAAGACUUUGGGGAUUGAGGCUCAGGGCCCAAGACAGCGACGAUAUAGAUUCGGAGGACUCGUGUUCAAGUGAGAGUCUGUCUGAGCCAUCUCAGAGUCUCGAUUGUAACUUUGCUUUUCCAUGGCUAGAUUAAUAUCAAGAUGCCUAUAAGUGGGUUCAUCGUCAUGAUCUUCUAAAUGCAACAAUUUGAGAAUAAUAAUCUAAGAAUGGGAAAUAAUCGAGGGCAUUAAAUGAAAUUGAAAGC